ACGGGCCUGGCCAAUGAAGAGCUCUCGCCUGGGAGGCGGGACCGCCGCUGGCAGAACCAAUCCAAGCGUUCCUGGUCGAAGGAGAAGACCCAAUGGGAGAGCGCAUAUUUACCAGCGGCCCAAUAGAAUUUCAGGGUUUCGUGGUUGCUGGGGACGGAAGGGAAAGACGGUUCAUUUCCGGAUGAAAGCAGAGGCGUGAGGGAUGAGUUCCCAGAGAGGCAAUGUGUUUCGAUCAAGGCCUCAGCGGCACCAAAACACGCAGGUCUUCCGAAAUGACAAACACGACACGAGUGCCCAGCGUAAGAAAAUUAAUGCAAAAGUCCACGAAGGUCUAUGUCAACAUUGCAAGGAGGUGCUGGAAUGGCGUGUGAAAUUCAACAAGUACAAACCACUAACACAGUCUAAAAAAUGUGUAAAAUGUUUGCAGAAGACUGUAAAGGAUUCGUACCACAUUAUCUGUAAGCCAUGUGCUUGUGAACUUGAUCUAUGUGCCAAAUGUGGAAAAAGAGAAGAAAUUGUGAUUCCGAUUCAGAGUGAGAAUGAGCAUUCCAAAUUGGACAUAAGGACUGAGAAUCACUCUUCCAAAAUUGAUCCAAGGAGAAAUAACAGAAUGGGAGAAUUGGAGGAAGGCUCUGCAGUAGACCUAAGUGACACGGAAGAUAAAGAUGAAACUCUAGAUUUACUAGUGAAGCAGAUUGAAAGCCUAAAUUGAAAAUAAGAGGAUCUAAUGAUUUUGCUAAAGACAAGACUAUGUUAAUAUGAUCUUCUGUUGCUUACCAGAAGACUUUAUACAUAAUGGAAUCACUGCUUUUCAUCAGAUACUCUGGCAGUGUAAGACUGAAGGUAUUUGGAAGAGUCUGUACCCUCUUUUUAACCGUUUUUUCUUACAAUUCUAAACUGAUCCUACAAAAAGAUCCUGCAAUUUAAUAAAUGUAUUUUAAAUUA